GUUUAUAACACCUAAUUAAAUUGCAAUAAAUAGAAUGAAAAUACUGGUAAGGUGUAAUCAGCAUAAAGUUAUUAUUUCAUAAUUAAAGCGAAAUGAAAUUCCGAUUAUAGUGAAAAUAAAUUAUUCAAAAGGAUACACGUUCAUUCGUACACAGUUGGAGUUAGCAUGAGAACGGUAUCUGUCGACCUUCAACUGCACCAAGAAGCAUGUUGUGCGAUAGACGGGAACCAACUUAGCUGCAGGAUUGGAUCUGCUGAAUAAAAAUCAUGAACACACCUUGGAUGACAUCGAUGAGUAAUGAUACAAGUAUUUUGAAUCCCUUUUGUCUUUCAACAAGAAAUGCUUUAAUGAAUGUUGAACAAAAAGAUGCUAAUUAUUAUUUGGAACAAAAUCUUAAAUCAAAAUAUGCUUACAGUUUUCAAGGAUUUAAUGAUACUAAUAAAAAUUUAGCAGAUUUCAAUACUUGCUGUAAUUCCAUAUUCAUUAAUGAUUCCUUUGAACAAUCGAAUCCAAUUCCGUCAGUGGUGAAAAAUGUAGUCAACACAUCUAAAGAGGAUUUAUUCACUCCUGCUAAUUAUACUGAUAGAUUAAAAUAUGGUGCCAGUAGAUGGGAAAGUGAUAGUAAUUCUAAAUCAAAUGAUAAUUACAGUAGAAAUAAUGAUACACUCUCUCAUAUAUCAGAUAAAAUUGAGCAUUACAGAAGAAAGUCAAGAAAACCAUAUUCAAGGCAACAACUUAUGGUUUUAGAAAAAGAAUAUUCAUUAAUGCCAUAUGUUACUCGUCAAAGAAGAUGGGAAAUUUCUAAUAAAUUACAACUGAGCGAAAGACAAGUAAAAGUUUGGUUUCAAAAUCGUAGAAUGAAGACAAAGAAGUUAAAAACUCGUUCAUAUCCAAGCAAUUGUAUUGUACAACACAAUGUGAAUAAAACCACCUUGAAUGCAGAGCAAUACUCAGCACUAUCUGAUAAACAAAAAUUUCUUCAGCUAACUAAUCACUGGAAUCAGAAUAUUUCUUCAAAUUCUGUUAUCUCUUCCAUACUCAAUUAUAAUAUACACGAUGAUGCUAAAAAUCAUCCAUAAACUUUAUAGUUUAUAAAUUUCAUACAAUUGUGAUAAUACUGAUGAUAAAGUUGAACAAUGUAUAACUAUUUCCUGAUGAUUUUGAUGUUCACUGGUGAAAUGUUGAACAAAUAGUUAUAGCAUUUUUCAAAAUUGUCUAUUUUACUCUUUACUUUUAAAUUGAUGAAUUAUUUCAAACUUUUUUGUCUGACUAUUCACGGCAAUUUACAUAAAAUGAGAAUAAUGUUAUCCAUUGUUCUGAUGGGUAAACAAUAAGCUGGAUAAUUUUGUAAUUUAGAGACCCUUAACUGUAUUACAGUAUAGAUAUAGUACUUUGGCGCUUUAUACACG